AUGACGGACGAACUGUCACCGCCCCGCAAGAGCGUGGAGCUCGAGGACCCGGGCGCGCGAGAGCUGGAAUCUUCGAGCGACGAGCACUUCUCCGAUGCUUCAGAAGGCCGCGCCGGACAGACCGGAAGGUCCAAUGUCACUUCACCGAUCCCAACUACCCGUGUAGAGCGGGUAGACGAUGAGCCCAGCUACGGCGAAGUCCCAGGCACAGAAGCAUACAAGAAGAGGGUUCAAGAUGCGGUCCCCGACGAGGUAGAAGUCGUACCGGAAGGUUCGCGAAGCCGCAGUGCCUCCCGAGUCGGCUUAGGUGACCGCCCCUACACGCCUGGAGGCACUCCUGUUCCAAAGACUGUGGUGGAGAAGGUGGACCCGGAACAGCCCAGCUAUGGCGACGUCCCUGGCACGCAUGCCUACGAGGUUCGUGCUGCUGACGCUGUUCCUGACGUUGUCGUGAAGGUGCCCCAGCCGCCAGAGCGCAAACCGGAGGAAGGGUCGCCAACAGCCUCGAUAAGCAGAUCUCCCGUGAACUCCGAGCACGAAGACGAAGACGCCGACGAGUCAGAUGCAUCUGCUGCUGACUCACGAGAAGAUACCAAGGGUACCUGCGAAACGGAGGAUGGUGGCGAAUUCGGCGAUGAUUUCGAUGACUUCGAAGAGGGCGGGGAGGGAGAUGAUUUCGGGGAUUUUGACGAUGGAUUUCAGCAAGGCGAGGAACACACUGAGACUACAUUUGACAAACCCCCUGAUCAGCCUUCUGUAUCCGCCCCCUCUCCGGGCCCUCCCGUGCUCGACUUCGAGGAGCUCACCACGCUUGAAGACGUUGUCAACGCGACGCACCCAUAUCUUGAUGAAAUAUACUCAUCCAUGAAAGAGAUACCUAGCAUAUCCACGACGAACCAAGACGCCCUGCGAUCAAUAUUCCUCUCCGACCGCAGUGUCUCUUUGUGGUCACAGCUCGUCGCUCCGCCGCCUCUGCAGCCUCCGGAUUGGGUUCGGUCUCGGAUACGGCGGCUAUUCUUGGUGUCUCUCGGCGUGCCAGUUGACCUAGACGAGAUACUUCCAGCAUCCAAACAGAAAAAGCUCGUCCUGCCUUCCAUACAUAUACCUGGCGAAAAGUCUCCGAGGCCUUCAGCAGACGGUCGAAAUGGAGCGUUAGGACGCGUGAAAAAGGGAAAUGCUUCGUCGACCUCACUCGAUUCCUCAGCCUCCAGAUCAGAGAGGAAACGGAAAGGCCCCCCUCCGCCUCCGCAAUUGGACAUCAGCUCCACAAGCAUGCUGUGUUCUACCACUGAAGCCGCUCUCAGUAACUUCACCGAUGAGGAGCUGCAGGCCCAUGUCAAGAGGCUAGAGGAACUGAAAGAGCGCGCAAAUGAGGUGUUUGAGUACUGGCAGCAGCGCUUGGAGAGCGCUCUGGGGGACAAAGAUGCCUUUGAGCAGGUCAUUGAGAGCCUUGUCGCGCACGCCAAGAAGCUCAGAUGA